AGGGAGGCAAUGACUUGGAUAGCAGCUGUAACCACAGUACCAUCUCCUCCCACCCAAGUUGCCUCUCAACAAAAUCUCACCCUUCGGGAAGAGGAAAACAGAGGAAGAACCAAAAUAUUCCGAUCACUACAAAGUUAAUAUAUAAUAUCAUUAAUCGUUGUUAGUCGCUAUCCCUUCAAGAAAUGGAAAAGAUGCGCAGCAUGGCGAGCACCACCACCACCAAGGGCAUUGCUGCCAUUGUUGGCGUCGGGCCUAAGCUCGGUCGCUCAAUAGCCCGCAAAUUCGCCCAUGAAGGCUACACAGUUGCCAUACUCGCACGCGACUUGGGGAGACUGUCAAGAUUUGCAGACGAGAUAGCGAGGGAGGAGAAGGCACAGGUUUUUGCAAUCAGAAUAGACUGCUCUGACUCCAGAAGCGUAAGGGAGGCAUUCGAGGGGGUUCUGUCGCUGGGAUUCGUAGAGGUGCUUGUGUACAAUGCGUACCAGCCAGUUUCCUGGCACCCCACCAACUUCACUGACAUUCGCAUCGAUUCCUUUGAGAAAUCCCUCGCUGUAUCCUCCGUCGCCGCCUUCCUCUGCGCCCAACAGGUAAUUCCUGGGAUGGUGGAAAGAGGAAGAGGAACGAUUCUCUUCACUGGCUGCUCAGGUUCGCUCAGUGGCAUUGCUGGUUUCUCGGAACUAUGCUGUGGAAAAUUUGCGCUGAGAGCAUUAUCGCAAUGCCUGGCUAGAGAGUUUCAGCCGCUCGGCAUACACGUCGCCCAUGUUAUCAUUGACGGCGUCAUUGGCCCUCCUAGGGUAAAUUCACUCAUUGAUGGCGGGGGGCCAUCGACGUUAAUGCAGAGAGAGGUAGUUGCUCAGCAGCGGCAGGGCGGAGGAGAUGGGGCGAUGAUGAUGAUGGAUCCAGACGCGUUGGCUCAGACUUACUGGCACCUGCAUGUUCAAGACCGAACCGCUUGGACCCAGGAGAUUGACCUCCGUCCUUCCCUCACAAGAUUUUAGCUAGCUAUACCUAAAUGCUUGGCAAUAAAAAUGUUGUGUUUGGGAUGUUUGCAGUGGCUCCAAUGUAAAGAACCAUGAAGCUAAAAUUUUCAUCAAGAACUAUUAUUUACUAGGUAAAUUCAUUCAAGUUUUCCUUUUUCCUUUUUGAGAAAGUCCCAAGUUUUUUUGGUACUAAACUGCACACCAUGUG